AUGUCGUCAAUCGAAUCACGUCAUACCAUUUUAAGACGAAUAAUUCACCUUACGUGUGCAGAAUUAGCAGAACGAUUCAUUUUUUAUGUACAAAAUACGCGAAAGAGGAAGUGGGUUCGUGAUUGGAUUCGUAAAAGAGAACAAUUUGGGGCCUAUGCCUUACUUUUGAAGGAAUUGGCUGAAGAGGAUCAUUCGGCUUACAGAAAUAUUAUGCGGUUAUCACAGACGAAGUUUGAUGAACUUCUUCAAAUGGUUAGCUCAGCAAUUACUAAAAUAAAUACCCCAAUGAGAAAUGCAAUUCCAAGUAACACAAAACUUGAAAUAACACUGCGUUACUUAGCUAGUGGUGACAGCCUGAUGACUUUGGAGUAUUUAUUCAGAGUUCCUCACAAUACAAUAUCUACGUUUUUACCUGAAGUAUUGGUAGCAAUUUACAACGCUCUGACACCAUUCAUCAAGGUUCCAGAUACUAUAGAAGAGUGGCGAUCUAUCCAGAAAUCAUUUGAAAUAAAGUGGAACUUUCCCAAUUGCUGUGGGACUCUUGAUGAAAAGCACGUUGCCAUCAUUCGCCCUCCAAACAGUACAUCCACGUUUUAUAAUUACAAGGGAUUUUACAGUAUCGUUUUGUUUGCAAUGAUAGAUGCCGAUUACUGCUUCAGAUACAUCGAUGUAGGAAGUGACGGAAGAGCUUCAGAUAGUACAAUGAUAGUUUCUACUUUGAAUAUCGCACUUGAAAAAAAUUUGCUCAAUUGGCCAGAGGGUGGUCUUUGUGUAGGGGAUAAUGCUUUCCCUCUUCAAACAAACAUAUUGAAGCCUUUCAGUCACAGGCAUUUGUCAUUGGAAGAAAAGAUUUUUAAUUAUCGCUUGUCAAGAGCUCGACGCGUUUCUGAAAAUGCAUUUGAAAUCCUAUCAUCCAGAUUCCGUAUUUUUCGAAGGACAAUUGAUGUUAAAGUGGAAACCACAGAGUUAAUUGUGAAAACUGCGUGUGCCAUUCAUAAUUGGCUAAGAAUGACCGCUGCAAGGGAUUAUUUAACAACAAAAUGUGUUGAUAUUGAAGAUUUAAAUACAGGUGAAAUUCACCCGUGUACAUGGAGACAAACCAAUUCACUAUUGUCAGUUGGUCGGAGAGAUGUGGGAUAUACCUCCAAUCACAAUACAACAGAUGCAGAACUAUUGAGAAAAAGAUAUGCUAGAGAUUUCUGCACAACAUUAUCUGUUCCGUGGCAAUUACAAGCCGUGCAUAAUACCUAA